AUGGAAGAAUUAAAUAAAAGUGGCAUUUACAGUAAACAAUUUUCUCUCAGUCAAAAUAAACACAAUAGUGAGAGACUACAAAGAUUAGAGAAAAGAUUAAGUGGCUUACAUUUCAGUAUCGAGUUACAAAAAAAUGAAAAAAUAGAUAAAUUGAAUGAAAAAAUAAACACACUGGAAGAAAAGCUUAUAGAAAUGCAUGAAAACUCUAAUAAAACCUUUGAAAAGUUAAACGAAAAGCUCAAUGAUAUACGUAACGAUGUAACUAAUUAUAAAAAUGAACUAGAAGAAUUUAAAAAUGAUCAUAAAAAGAAAUUGCAAUUAUUAGAAGAAAAAGCUGAAGAUUUCAUAAAUAAAGAAAAAGAAGACUGGAGCAGGCUCAAAAUUAAGUUGGUAAAAGAUUUUCAGCAUAAAGCAGCCCUUCUAAAAGAAGAAAUGGUUGAAGAAUAUGGUCUUAUUGAAGAAAAGGAGGAUUCUCUAAGAAAAUAUUACGACUGCGAAAUUAACAAUAUAAAAUCUAUUAUACAAAAUGAAAUUAGCGAAAGGAUUAAAACAGAAAAAAUAAUAUUAUCUGAUGUAGAUGAUAAAAUAAACGAAAUAAUAAAAAUCAUUAGAAAUGAAAAAACUACAAGGGAAACAUAUUCAGAAAAUUUAGUGUCUCUCAUAGAACAAUAUUUUUCAAGAAUAAAAAAAGAAAUAGACAUGGAACGACUUGAAAGAGAAGACACUGAAGAAACUUUAGUGCAUCUGAUGGAGGAGGCCUUAGAUAAAAUUGGAAUACCUCUUGCAUGA